AUGAGUGUUCCACGGCCCAAGGAAGGGGAUGUUAAUAUUGGAACUGCCACGUUUGAUGCAUGCUGGGUGUUAACUGUCAUCGUUGGUCUCACGCUCUUGUUCCGAUAUGCUGUCAAGGCAUGGAUCCGUUGGGCUUUGCCUCAGGUCACAGCACCAGAGCGGAUCUGGGGAAUUGAAGAUCUUUUCUUUCUUUUCGCCUACGGAUUUGAUCUCACUCAUAUGUGCAUGAUUCAGAUGAGUGCCCAUUGGGGUCUAGGGCGACAUUAUUUCUACUUGUCUGCAGAGGAAAAGUCGCACGCCAUGAAAUGGGACUUUACAUCCCAACCCAUUGCGGUGGCCUCGGCUAUGGUGUCACGCACCGGCAUGAUGUGGUUCCUCUUGACCUGUUUCGCGGCGAGCGAUCGCCGGAUCCGAAUCUCGAUUAUUGUCUGCGCGAUUGUCCAGAUCGUCGCCAAUAUGAUCACGAUCGCCCAAAUCAUCGUUCAAUGUGGACCAAAUCCAUACCGCCCGUCCGAUCGCAUCCAAUACUUCAAGUACAUGUGGACGCCACUCCCAGAAGAUGGUUCUGUGACAUGUCAAUCGCCGAUGGUGCAAACUACUAUUGGGUUUGUUCAGGGAGGCUUCAACACCAUCAUUGAUUUCUUCUUGGCCGCUCUGGCGGCGAUGGAGCUCUGGCAGUUCUUCCUACGCACUUUACACCGGGACCCUAACACCUCUUUUUGGUCUCAAUUCCGCAAGAUUAACAGUACCGUUCGUUCGCGUCGGAUUUGGCAGACUAUAACCUUGUGCGGUCCACUCAUACUCUCAGGUGCUGCAUCGAUCAUCAAAACCUAUAAACUCAAGUCGCUGGGGGAUCGACUAGAUUUCACCUACAAUAUUGUCUCCUUUGUUCUCUGGGUGAAGAUCGAAAACUACAGUAUCCUUCUCGCAUCAUGUGCACCCGUCGCCCGUCUCUUCCUCCGGGCUUUCGUCGAUUCUCGCCGUGGAGGCCGACCAGGGUACUGGUCCAAGUCCAAGUCCACAAACAACCAAAACAACAGCAACGAUACAGAGAUGAAACAUCGUCCCAAAGAUCAAUGGGACUCGACCACCGUGACCGGGUGGAACGAUGAGGAAAGUUCUCCUUCGGACUGGCCGAACCACGAGCGCUCUGAGAGUCGAAUCUCGCGGGCUCAGCAGCCAGAUCAUAUUGACGAUGGUUGCGUUACCGUGAAGACGGAUAUUGUUGUUCAGGUGGGCGAUAGUCGCCCGCGUUCAACCUCGUCGGGAGGUGCACGGUUACUUCCAGGCAGUGAGGAUGGAGAUGCCCACGAAUCACAUUAUCGUUGA